AUGACGGAGCAAACGACCGAGAACGAUGUAGACGGGAUCGCCGAUGGAGACAACGGGAGAAGGUUAGACGCGAGCGAGAAUGCGGGAAAUCAUGAAAAUUUUUCACCGGAGAACGAAGAAUUUCAAGAGGAAUACGAGGAGGAAAAAGAGAUCGCGAGUGACGUCGAUGAAAGGGUCGAGUCUUCUAUCUGGGGCCAAGAGUUGGGGGAAUAUGAAGGAUACGAGGGGCGGAUGUACGGGGAACGGAGUAUGGAGGACGAGGAAAUGGAAGAGGGAAAGAGCGCGCCGUCUUCUGCGACAAUCACCGCGGCGGAAAAGUCCGAGGAGGAAGUGCGAGACGUAGCGGGGCCUGAUCACGUGCUCGCCGAGAUACCAGCCGAGGUUCGCAUAAACUUGUCAUUCACCAUCAUUCUACCCGCGGAAUUACUGUGCCUCACGACCUUCACGCAGGAGAAAGUGACACCUACGUAUGCGACAAAGGAGCCCGAGCAAAUGGAGCAGAUUUAUAGGCAAACAUUGCUCGCGUAUAAGCUGCGGCUGGACGACGUGAACGAGCGGAAGGAGCGCGCGGCCGCCGACACGCGGAGUUACGAAGACGAAGUGCGGGCGACGGGCGACGAGAGCGCGCGAAUGUUCGACGAACUCCUGGACCGCGAGAGGGAAGUGGCGACCGGUCUCGUUUACGCCAAGACCGGACGAAAGCUCACGGAGAAGACUGUCGACACGAUAACCCGUCGGCAGGUAUCGCGACGCGAGUCCCUCGGCCGCGAUCGUUACGAGUGUACGAUGCUGCAGCAGCGUCUCGAGGAGAUAAAUACGCGACUGAGAAGUCUAGAAACGCUCGGCGAGGGAAUGACCACUAUGGAUUACGAGGCUCGGCAUAUAGCUCAUUUGAGCUACAAGGAUAAGUUGGAGGAACGCGAAAGGGAAGUGGAGAAGUUGCGGCAAAGAAUCGCCGAGGUGGUUAACGAAAUCGCCCACUACAAGGAGAAAGAGCAGUGCCUCGCGGGGAACAUCGGGUGCGAGAUACACGAAUUGAACGAGUAUCACGAGCGGACGGUCAGGAUUCGAGAGGACGUCAACGAGCUCUAUUUAAUUCUGAGAGAUUUACGACGAGCCCGCGACGAGAAGCGGCGCGACGCCGGGCUGCUGAUGGCUCAGCCGGUGCUGCGCGAGACGGAGAGAACGAUGAAGUCGAUGGACGCCCUGAGGAACGACAUUGAGAUAAUCAAGCAAGAGAUUCAGCGGCACGGCCCUGCGUACCGCGGCGAGAAGACUGCGUCGGUGAUGUCGUAG